UCCAACGUGGGGCAAAAGACCUUUAGCUUAAAAGAAAAGUAAAGGCUGGGAGGGGGAAAACAAUCGUUGGAAACGAUCAGGAGUGCGAGGUGAAUUUGUGAAUUAUCGGAUCGCGGGAGUUUUUAUGGACCGUGCACGAGAUCAGGAUAAAAAGCUUCCCAGUUUCUUCAACCUCGCGCAGGACUGCAGGAGAGAGUGAACGAGAGCCGCAAAGUUCACAAUACUCGGAUGGGUCACUGGAACAGUUUCGCCUUCGUGUUGUUUCAAAAGUGUUUUUUGUUAUUGACUUUAAUGAGCUGAAUGAAGUCUGAAUUCACUGUUCGGAAACUUUAUAUCUUUACAUCUGUAAAGAAGCGAGAGGAUCAAAGCUUUUAAAGAGUGCGUUUUUUCCCCGAGGAAAAGUUUGUUGUAAGCGCCGAUGGUCCCAGAGUUUAUUUCAACGCGUUCAUAUGGAGUUAAUGGACAUGGUUUACUGUGUUUUUCCUUUUCAUAGCAAUGAAACACUCGGGAGAAAAACAUUCCAAGAACUUGACGAGUUAAACAACUCAAACUAUAUGUGAUCUAGUGGACCUCUCUUGCCAAAACAAAGCGCACAUCUAUCUCCCAUGCAGACCCCUUUUUCAACCUUUUAAGGACAACUGCUCGCAACUUGCUUUUAGUUUUGGCUUCUGGACAAGUUUCUUGUAUUGCCUUGUCGUGAUUCACCUUUGAUUUACUUACGUGGGACAGCAAGGGAGAUACAAUUUUACUGUGGACCGUUUUCAAGUCCAGGACUCAUGUAUUGCCUCCAAACAACGCAAUAUAAUUUAAUAUUACCGUUGUGUAAACAAACAACUUAUGAAUGUGAAUUACUCGUACUCUGAGAAACUUAAUAACCCCAUUCUGUCCGUUUGUGGAUGAGAGAUCAGUCGUUAAGCGCUGAGACAACUGGAUACAAAAUGGCGGCGUGGCCGGGACAGAUGGGAUCACUUUCAUAUUAUGUGUUUUAUUGGGUUUUGACGCUGGAACUGUUAAUCAAUUAUGGCUUGAGCUCGGACGCACCGUGCCCUCACAACUGUACGUGUACGCUAGACACGACCGACUGCAGUCACUUGAACAUGACUGAUUUCCCUCAAGACUUGCCUAAGAGGACUGUGCAUUUAAACCUGAGCCACAACAAGCUGGCGGCAGUCGAUACGGACAUCCUCUCCAAUCUGCCCAACCUGAGAGAAGUGAGGCUUGACCACAAUGAGAUGACAUCCAUCCCUUCAUUUGGAGACGCCGCGGCAACAAUCGUUACACUCUUAUUGCACCAUAAUAAAAUCCGGAGGGUGGAGGGGAGCCUGUUGCAGAAUUUUUCCGCUCUGAAGACUCUAGAUCUGAGUAAUAAUGACAUCACGGAGCUGAGAGAGCAAUGCUUCCCUCUGGGGUUACCAAUCAAAGACCUGUACCUGAGCAGUAAUAAGAUUGUUCACCUGGAAUUUGGGGCUUUUAUGAACCUUGCCGGGAGCCUGCAGGUCCUCCGACUGAGCCGGAACAGACUAACCCACCUUCCUGUCAAAGGCCUAGAGUUGCCUAAGUUAACCCAACUGGAGCUGAGCAGGAACAGGUUGCGGUUGAUCGAGGGACUCACCUUCCAGGGUUUGAGCAGUUUAGAGGUUCUCAAGCUCCAGAGAAACAACAUUAGCAAGCUGACGGAUGGAGCGUUCUGGGGUCUGGCACGAAUGAGGGUCCUUCACCUGGACUUUAACAGUCUGCGGGAGGUGAACAGCGGCUCUCUGUACGGUCUGGAGUCACUCCUGCAGCUCUACCUCUCGAACAACUCCAUCUCCAACUUCAACCCUGAGGGCUGGGGCUUCUGUGAGAGACUCAGAGAACUGAACCUGUCUUACAAUAACCUGACGAAGCUGACCGAGGGCAGUUUUACCAAGCUGGUGAAUCUGAUCUCUCUGCGAUUGGGACACAAUUCCAUCAGUCACAUCACAGAUGGCGCCUUCAAAGGCCUUAAUUCCCUACGCACGCUGGAGCUGGACCAUAAUGACAUCUCUGGCACUAUAGAGGACACCAAUGGGGCCUUGACUGGGCUUGAAAACCUUAACAAGCUUUCUCUGUUUGGAAACAAGAUCAAGUCGGUGUCCAAGAAAGCCUUCUCGGGCCUGGAGGCUCUCGAGCACCUGAACUUGGGGGAAAAUGCCAUCCGCUCCAUCCAACCUGAGGCAUUCAACAAGAUGAAGAACCUGCGCUACCUUCAUAUUCAGAGUGAUAGUUUUCUGUGCGACUGUCAGCUGCACUGGUUUCCAGAGUGGCUGGUGAUCCGAGGGCUGAAGCUGGGCGUUCAGGCCACAUGUGCACACCCAGAGAGCUUAAAGGGCACCAGCAUCUACCAGGCUCCACCGCAGAGCUUUGUUUGUGAUGACCUUCCAAAACCUCAGAUCACUGUCAACCCUGUGACCACAGCGGCAGUAUUAGGAAAAGAUGUCCGUCUCACCUGCACGGCCGCCAGCAGCAGUAGCUCGCCCAUGACCUUCACCUGGCGUAAGGACCAGGAGACCCUGCGCCAAGCUGAGGUGGAAAACUUCACCCAUGUUCGGGCCAGUGAUGGAGGGGUGAUGGAGUACACCACCAUCCUCCACCUCCGGCAUGUCACUUUUAACCACGAGGGCCGCUACCAGUGCAUCAUCAGUAAUCACUUUGGCUCCUCCUACUCUAAUAAGGCCCGCGUCACUGUGAAUGUGCUGCCUUCAUUCGUGAAGACCCCACGUGACAUCACGAUCCGUACCGGCACAAAGGCUCGGUUGGAGUGUGCUGCAGAAGGACAUCCGACCCCCCAGGUGGCGUGGCAGAAAGAUGGCGGUACGGAUUUUCCUGCUGCUCGAGAGCGCCGCAUGCGUGUGAUGCCUGAUGAUGAUGUCUUCUUCAUCAUGGACGUGAAGCCCGAGGAUAUGGGCGUGUACAGCUGCACGGCAAAAAACACGGCAGGCAUGAUCUCGGCUAACGUCACUCUCACGGUGCUAGAGACCCCUCACUUGGCACAGGAAAUGGAGGAUCGGAGUGCGGUGGUGGGCGAAACUGUUGCGCUGCAGUGCAAGGCUUUAGGCAGCCCGCCUCCUCGCAUCACCUGGCUAAAGGGGGAGGAGCCUCUUCAACCCAGUGACCGUCACUACUUCACCCCUGGAAACCAGCUCUUGGUGAUCAGUAGCACCAUCUUAGAAGAUGCCGGACACUACACCUGUGUCAUGUCCAACACACUCGGCACGGAACGCGCUCAAUGCCAACUGAAUGUUUAUCAACGCUUUGAAGAGUGCGCACCAUUUUCAAGUCCCAGCACCGUUACUGUGGGAAUCAUUGUUAUCGCCGUGGUGACCAGCAUUGUGGUGACAUCGCUGGUGUGGGUGUGUAUUAUCUACCAGACUAGGAAGAAGAGUGAGGAUUGCAGUGUAAACACAGAUGAGACCAUUGUCCCUCCUGAUGUCCCAAGUUACCUGUCCUCUCAGGGCACUUUAUCAGAGAGACAGGAUGUGUGUAUACGAGUGGAGUCCAAUGGUGGAUCUCAACCCAACGGACGCAUAGAUAACAAUGGUUACGAUGGUCCAGUCCUGUGCACGGACUGUUUGGAAAAUGGCACCAGCUACUUCACACACUGUAACUACCUCCCUCAGGGGAUAGCGCCCCCUUUAGGUCUAGAAUACCAGAAGACACACCAACUGUCAACCUUCACUAGCCAAACCAUUGGCGAACCACACUGCAAUGGCACACCCAACGGGGUCAGUAAAGACAGCCAAACUCCCAUCUUUCCAACCAACCAUGACAGGGUGACGAUAUCACCCUCAUCACACAAGUACAAUGACCGAAAAGAAUUGUUGGUGAACAGGACAUGCACACUUCCCUCUCUUGAAGAGGACUACCAUCGUCCAGUAAAGCUCCCGUCUGGUGUGGACUGUGACAUUGGGUCCGAGCUUACACAGACUCUAUUAGCCAAUGGACACAAGUAUAUGCUCGAUCCCAUCCUGAGCGAUAAUGCAUCCUUUAGGCGGCUCAGUGACUAACACCGCACCAACCCUCUUUUUAUAAUCCUUUUUGCACUGAGAACUGCUACCUCACACUGAGGGGCACAGACAAAGCUGGCCCCAUCUAUCUGACUGCAGAAUAGGGGUGUCCGGAGUUUGAAGGGCGAAGCUUGAGUGGGAUGAUGGCGUCUCAUCUGAGCGUUAAAAGCUGUAUAUAGAUAUAAAUCCUCCUGAGGGAGGCUUCAUUCACACUUCAGAAAUGUGACUUGCAUUUGGCGCAUGCAAACGUAUGACAGUGCUAUAACGUUGGACUUUGAGCUGUACAUAAGAGUUUUCAUAUAUAAAUAUAUAUAUAAAUGUAUGUAUUCUAUAACUUCUACAAAAGAGUGUUUAAAUCUAUUCGGUGCAUGGUCAGAUCAGAGUGGUUAUAUUUUAUUUUACUUUCUCGCAUUGUUUUUUUUACAGAUCUCUCCUGCUUUUCACAGUUCUAAUAAGCAGUGCCUUAUUACAAGAUCAAAGAAUCCACAAGUCUGUUUUUUGCAGGGCAGAAGUUGAGAGAUGCCUGUAUAUUUUCCCUUUUCACAAAUGAAAUGUUUGUCAUGCACUUGAAGUUUCGAUAAACUUGAUGAUUAUAACUGGCAGCGUUAAAGGAAUGUUCCAGGUUAAAUGUCUGUGACAUGCUGUCAUGUACGUGUACAAAAAUACAUUUACAGUGUAAGUUUAUGGGGCCACUGUUGUAUGCUUUCCAUUGACUUUCAUUGUAAGUGACUAACUGUCAAUGCAUUUUUUUGUUUUUGUAUCAAAUUAUUUUUUUAUUUGUCAACACUCACUUGUAUUUAACCUAGAAUAUUCCUUUAAAUCAGAAUUAAUUUUUUUUUUCUUGUCUGUGAAGGAAGAGCUUUGCAUUGAAUUUUUCUGGUCUCUUACUGUACAAAUAGACAUAUAUAGGCGUAAGUCAAAAUAUAAGAUCUUUGAUACGAAUCCUACAAGACACAAACAAGUUAUUUGAACUGGUCUAAAUGUUUACCAGUAUGUAAACUAGGGAUGUGCAGCGAAGCCAUUAUCUGUAUCAGUAUUUGUUCAUAUUACAGAAUUAUCUGUCUCUGUAUUCGGAUGGAACUGGGUGUGGGUGGGACUUAAACCGGAAGUGCAUUAAAACUAAAUCAAGCGCCCAUUUUUAAAUGUUACUCUUACGUUUAUAGUUUCUAUUAAUAAAAUAUGCUUUGUGUAUGCCUUUUCAUAAUAACAGCCUAAUUAUUAUUAUUACUAUUAUUAUUAUACAGUUAUUAUUUAAUUAAAUUAUAAUUUUUUUUCUUACCAGAUGAAGCUGAAUUUGUUGGCCACAUCAAUAUAGCCUACAAACAGGUGAAAGUCCCGUAAGUCUAGGAAUUUUUACGAUAGGACUCCAUUAUUCAUUUAAAUAAUAAUAAUAAUAAUGUUAAAUUUAUACAGUGCCUUUUCAAAACUCCAGAACACUUAACCUUCUCAAAUUUAGCACAGUUUAAAAAAGAACAAGAAGAAAAUAUAGCUGCAAGCAGCGAUGACAGACCCAAGCACCAUGGGUCCAUUUUCAAUCGGGGCUUUCGGAAAACAAUGCAAGGUGGGCACAUGCAUUAGGCAUUUGACAUUAUUCUAAACAAUUUUGAAGCAAUUUGGAUAAAUAUAAGAGGACUAUUUUAAAGUCUGUUUAUAACUAUUUUAAACACUUCCUGCUACCAGGUGGUGGUGCUAUGACCAUGAACCAAAUUAGUCACGUCCAUGUGAUUAGCCCCCAAGAGUAAACAUGCAUAUCAAUUUUGAUCUAAAUCCCACAUUGCACACAGAAGAUAUGAGACACUUCCUGUUUCCCAUUUUUAGCCAUUAAUUUAAUGUCUCGCCAUGGUAACAACAUCCGAUAUAUCAAACAUCUGUUCGCAAUUUAGCAUUUUCAAUGUCUUGGCAUAAUGUUGUCAAAAAGUGGUGACAGUCUCAUGAAUCCUCUAGGAGGAGUAUUUAAAGUUCAGAGACCGCAAUAUUCAGAAAAUCCAAAAUGGUCGACUUCCUGCUGGGCAGAGCUAAUGACUGUGAGUAUGAAAGUUGUUCGGCUUAAUGAUAACUAUAUAUGUACCAAUUUUGGUGACUGUAGGUGAAAAUGGGGGUGCUACAGAGAGUUUUCAUGCAUGUUAAGUACCCCAAAAGUACCGAAAACCUUGAAAGAAUAAUUAUAGCUGCAAGCAGCGAUGACGGGCCCAAGCACCAUGGGUCUGUUUCCACCCAGUGACUUUUGGGAAAACAAUGCAAGGUGAACACAUGCAUUUGUCUCUUAACAGUAUUUUAAACCAUUUUGAAAUGAUUUGGGUAAAUGUAAGAUGACUAUUUCAAAAUCUGUUUUAAAUGCAACACUCCCUGCUGCCAGUUGGUGGUGCUAUCACUGUGACCCACAAUAGACACAUCCCUGUGAUCAGCUCCCAUUUAUCAAACAUGCAGCCCAGUUUUGUUCUAAAUCACACAAUGCAUGCAGAAGAUAUGAGAAACUUCCUGUUUCCCUAUUUUUGCCAUUAAUUUAAUGCCUCACCAUGGCAACACCAUUCAGUAUAUCAAAAAUCCAUUUACAACUUAGCAUCUUCAAUGUCUUGGCAUAAUGUUGCCAACAUUUGGUGCCAGUCACAUUAAUCCCCUAGGAGGAGUAUUUAAAAGUUCAGGGACUGCAUUUAAAAAAAAAAUCCAAAUUCAAUCCAAAAUGGCCAACUUCCUGUUGGGCGGAGCUAUUGACUCAUUUUGAAAGUUGUCCGGCUUGAUGAGAACAAUAUAUGUACCAAGUUUGGUGACUGUAGGUGAAACUGACCCCACCAUUUUAGUCAAAAGGUGGCACUACAGAGCCCCCCAGGCACACCCAUGUGUUAACUUUUGCCCAGGCCUAAUGGCCAACAACUCCGAUGUAUGUGCCGAAUGUCAUGAAAAGUUAAGCAUGCUAAGUGCCUCAAAACACCCAAAUAUAUGAAGAAAGGAAUAAUAAUAUUGAAUGUGUUGCCAUGGUAACACUAUUUGAGAUAUCAAAAAUCGCUUAACAAUUUUACAUCUGCAGUGUCAUGACAUUAUUCAGGUAAAAACAAGAGGGCUAUUUCAAAGCCUGUUAUAAGUGAUAUACUUACUGCCACCAGUUGGUGGUGCUACGACUGUGACAAACAAUAGCCACAUCCAUGUGAUCAGCCCCCAAGACCAAACAUACAGGUCAAUUUUGAUCUAAAUCACACGCAUAAGAUAUGAGACAUUUCCUGUUUCCCAAUUUUAGACAUUAAUUUAUUGCGUCGCCAUGGCAACAACAUUCGAUACAUCAAACAUCUGUUCAAAUCAUCUUCAAUGUCUUGGCAUAAUGUUGCCUAAGUUUGGUGCCAGUCACAUAAAUACCCUAGGAGGAGUAUUCAAAACUUCAGGGCCUGCAAAAAAAAAAAUAAAUAAAUAAAUGCACAUUCAAUCCAAAAUGGCGGACUUCCUGUUGGGCGGAGUUAAUGACGGAAAUUUUGGAAGUUGUCCAGCCUGAUGAGAACAAUAUAUGUAGCAAGUUUGGUGACUGUAGAAGAAACUGACCCCACCACUUUUGUCAAAAGGUGGCGCUACAGAGCUCCCCAGCCCACGCCCAUGUGUUAACAUUUGCCCAAGCCUAAUGGCUGACAACUCUUAUGUGUGUGCAAAAUAUCCUGAAAAUUCAAGCAUGCCAAGUACCUCUAAAAGAUUUGAAUAUACAUAAAAAGGAAUAAUGACAUUUAAUGCAUUGUCAUGGCAACGCUAUUUUAGAUAUCAAGAAUCCCUUGAGAAUUUUCCAUCAGCAGUGUCUUGACAUUAUUCUAAAAACAAAUUGAAGCAAUUCAGGUAAACAUUUCAAAGUCUGUUAAAAGUGCCACACUUCCUUCUGCUAGUUGGUGGCGCUACGCCCAUGACCCACAAUAGCCACAUCAAUGUGAUCAGCCCGCGUGGCCAAACAUACGGCUCAAUUUUUAUGUAAAUCACACAAUGCACACAGAAGAUAUCAGACACUUCCUGUUUUCCAUUUUUUUUUUUAUUUUACAUUUUAUCGCAUCGCCAUGGCAACACUGUUCAUAUAUCAAAAAUCUGUUUGCAAUUUAGCAUCGGAGAAGUUUUUCAAAUUCCAGAGCAUGCAUUUUUUAAACAAUCCAAAAUAGCCGACUUCCCGUUGGGCGGAGCUUAUGACUGUCAGCAUUAAAGUUGUCCGGUUUGAUGAGAUCUAUAUGUGUACAAAGUUUGGUGACUGUAGCUCAAAAGGGAUGUGCUACAAAGCCCCCCGAACAUGCCCAUUUUCUAGGUGGCACUACAGAGCCCCCUCUACAUGCCCAUGACGGGUGCCCAAAAGUACCGAAAACCUUGAAAAGAAGAAGAAUCCUUAGAUGAACAAUAGGGUCUCCACACUUUCAGUGCUUGGGCCCUAAAAAGACAGCAAGUUUCAGUUUGUUUGUUUUACAUAAGCAGGAAUAUUCCAAAUAGAUGAAUACUAUAUGGAGCAUUUAAACCUUUUAUGGAGCAUUUUAACUUUUUUCAGAAAAAAGUCUUAACCAGAUAAUAACCUUAAUCGCUGAUGUGAUUAUAAAUGUGGUCAACUUUAAAAGACAGACAGAUGAGCUCCGACGUGAAAUCAUCACUUCAGGUAAGGAAUUUAAUGCUGCGCUCAGGUUUAGGCUAUAAAUAAAUACAUGGGAAUCGUGUGAAACAUUAACAUAGACAUUUCAAGAAGUGGAAAGUGGACAUGAUGUCGUAUCUUAGUUAAUAUUACACUUGACAAGCUCUAGACGCGCUCAAUUUACAGAGACCACAAAUGGAGUCAAGACCGCGGCCGUCUGAUCUGAAACACCGUGUGCAUUUUCCUUCAUAAGGUUUACACUGUAGAAAUAUUGGCUGCACAGAUUCAUAAAUUCAUUGUAAUUUAGAAUAUGUUCAUUUUUCAAUGUUGCUUUAUGCUUGUUUCUUGGAUUAUCAGUCAAACUAAUAUUUUUUAUAUUAUUCGGAUGAAUCCGUUAUUCGUGCCUUUCCGAAUAGGGUAUUCGGCUUCGGGCACAUCCCUAAUGUAAACCCAGAAAUUCUGAUAUUAAGUCUGCAAAGUCAAGGCUCUUCCAUCAACAAAGGUACACACCAUCAAAAGCUGCUUCACUCACCUAUGAUAUCUGUGGUAUGUUUAACUUUUAUAAUGUAUUUGUUGACCAUCUUUUGUAAUACAUUUGGGGAAAUAAAUCAAUAUGGAUCUCAUCCAAAAGGAACAUAUAGAGAGAUUUGUUCCAACAAUGACUUUAUGCUAACGGCAAAGCUGAAUUUUGCCAAACCAAGAAAGGGAAAGAGCAACUCUCUAGAAAACUUCCAGUCAAGUGUACUGGAUUUCAGGGGCCUUCCUUCAACAGCACAGAAUGUCUACAUGAUGUCUUCAAAGGGAAUAAGUGGAAUCUCUUCUUCAUUGAACACCUCACCAGCUAAUCUUUCAUUGAAUUUGGUACAGACCUUAUUAGUUAGCCUGAACCAAAUAACGUCAACAGCCAAGGCUUUUUUUUAUUUGAGGCCAAAUAGUGAAACUCUAGUACUAAACUAUGGGUAUGUUUUGUGAAGUUGGAUUACUGUGAAUGCCAGUAUGACCCCAAAACAUGGCUACUAAAAACUUUGUUCUAAGCUACUAAAUCCUACAACAGUAAUCUGAAUUGAUGUCGACCAUAGCUGUAGCUUUAAAUAUUUGUGGUUGGCUGGUUAAUUGUGUAAUCCAGCUCUGUGAAGAACUCCACUAACUCAAAAUAGGUUAUCUUUACAGAUGUGUGGGUCACCCUCUUUCAAACCAGAUUAAUUUAUUGAAAUGAACUCUAAUCACAGCUGUACACCUACAUUGCUAAAACUAUUGAAGUGUAAAAAAUGAAAAGUGUUUAUUAAAGUCACAUUUUGCUCCUUUA